AUGCUCGGCGAUUGGAGGUACUUUUUUAAAGACGACUGUGCUGACCUGGAGACCAGCCAGAAAAGCAACGACGUACACAGAGUUCAUCGCUCAGCUCCACCGCCUUCGCCCGUCAUCCACGGAUCCUUUGGCCUGAUCUCCCUGCUCGAAGUGCACGAGGCCCGGAAGGAGAUCGUCUACUCCUGCUUCCUAAAGGCGAGUUGGGCGACCGAUGACCGGGACGCGGACCAAGAGGACCUGUUUGCACCGCGCGUGCUGCCGGCGGACCCCACGCGUGUCGACCUCGCUGGCUUCCUGGCGCCGGCCACCACCGUGGAAACGAAUGGCGGGCUCUUCCACCAGGUCACCAUGGCGACGGUGGCGCAGCACUGCCAGUUCGACUACGCCCACUUCCCGUUCGACACACAGACGUGCCUGAUCCGGCUGCGUUCGACGUCGCCCAACGCGCGGCUCAACGUCUCUGACGUGCGGCUGGAGCCGGACUUUGACGCGCUGCAGCAGAAGUUCGCCGUGCGUGUGCGGCAGCGACAGCCAGCUGCCGCCCACGAGCAGGCGGUGGAGCUGCAGUUGCGGCGACGCAUCGGCGCGCACCUGGCGCGGCUUUACGCUCCCAGCGCGCUGCUGGUGUCGGCCAGCUGGCUGGCGGCGCUGGUACCCGUCUCGCUGAUCCGCAGCCGGCUGCCGGUCACCAUUCUUGCCCUGCUGACGCUGCUGCUGACCGAGGCGCCGCGCUCCGCCGCACACGCCUGGGAGAUCGGCUGCCUGGUGUUCUCGCUGGUCAGCGUGCUGGAGGCUGUGCUGGACAUGAGCAUCUCGCACGACUGA